AUGCUCCAGACCCCCGUAUAUCUUAUUCUCCCGUGGUACUUCGCCGUAUUCUCCGCUAGGCGGGGUUAUCGUGACAAAUACCCUCUCGGUUCUCGUAACUUUGCCGUAGUCAGUCUCAGUGGUUUGGGUGGUGGUUGGCGAUGGGUAGUGGUUUGGGUGGUGUGGUUCGGUGAUGGUGAAAGGAGGGUUGGUGAUGGUAGUUGUCAGGGAUGUUACGACGUGGUUUGUGACGAUGUAUUGUCUCAGUUCAAGAAGAAAGCAAGGGAAUACAUUCAAGUUGAUGAAGGUGAUUGGAGUAAAUUUUAUGCUCAGGAUGAAGGGCAAGAACUAGCAUGGACAAUGCAGUUUGUCCGUUGGUUGCAUGGGGAAAAUGAAGGUCGGACGGUCAAAAAUGGGGUAGGAGGGGAUAAGAAGAGUGGUUCUGAGAAGUAUGGAAAGGGAAGGUUCUUGUCACGAACUACGUUGUGA